AUUAUUUAUGUGGAGUGUUUUCCCCUUCAAGUUUGUGUUAUUUAAGGUCAUUUUAUUUUUAAUACGGUUACAAACGACGGCGCACCUGCAGCAGGAGGAGCUGAUAAAGCGUUUCCUCUCAGCUGACACUGUUUGUCCCGAUGAGUCCUGCAGGCCGACAUGGAUCUGGGCCUGUUCGUGUGUUGGAUUUUUCUGGCAGAUUUGAGAAUAUGCAGAGGACAAAUCUCAGGCUGCCAUCAAGGCCAGUGGCAGUGUGAUGAUGGAAACUGCAUCCGUGAUGUGUGGAGAUGUGACGGACAAGGAGACUGUCUGGAUGGAUCUGAUGAAGUCGGCUGCACAGCUCCAGGCUCUUCGGACUGUCCCCCAGGUCAGUUUUCCUGCGUGGACUCUGUCGGCUGCGUCGAUGCGUCGGCCCGCUGCGAUGGACGGAAGCAGUGUCCCACCGGCUCCGAUGAGGAGAACUGUUCCCCCACUGAGGGCUGUCUGGACUCCGACUGGAUGUGCAGGAACCACAUCUGUAUCCCCAGAGAGCUGCGCUGCAACGGACAGAACGACUGCACGGACAACUCGGAUGAAGACGACUGUGGUCUGUGUAGUGAGGACGGCGUUCGGUGUCCUGAUGGGACGUGUCUAUCUCCUGAACAGCGGUGUGAUGGGAAGUUUCACUGCUCCGAUGGCAGCGAUGAGCCCAUAACCUGCGGUCGGAUCUGCUCCAUGAAUAACGGUGGAUGCAGCCAUGUGUGCACCGAUGAAUCCUGGGGAGCUUUAUGCUCCUGUCCUGCUGGGUUUAUGCUCUCUGCUCACGGAGCAGCUUGUGAAGAUCUGGAUGAAUGUGCUUCUGCUCCCUGCAUGCAUGACUGCUAUAACACCAUCGGCUCCUACUACUGCAGCUGCAGGGAGGGUUUCAAACUGACUGAAGGCUCCAUGUGUCUGGCUUCAGGUAAUUCUACUCGACUGCUGAUGGUGCAGAAGACGUCUAUGGUGUUGCUGAAUGUGAAGUCUCAACAGUUUGAAGUGAUCCAGACUGCGGUGUUCGACCCGGUGGCCUUGGCAUUUGAUGUCGCCCGAGGGUGGUACUACUGGGCCGAUAGCCGAGGCAAAAUUUACAAAAGUGAUGGACGGCAUAGCUGGACCGCCUACACUGGGGAGCCUGGAAUCAAAGGUCUAGCUUGCGAUUGGCUGAAUGGAAACCUGUUCUGGACCAAUCAGAAGACAAAAUCGAUCUACAUGCAGGCAGCGGAUGGGAAAAGUUACAUGACUGUGCUGAGUAAAAACAUCAGCCCAUCAGAGUUGGUGCUUGUUCCUGUUGAGAGCUCCAUGUUCUGGAUGAACGUGGGUCCAGGCGACAGGGCGACGCUGGAGAAGUCGUGGAUGGACGGAUCGGACAGAAGCUCUCUGAUGGUCAUCACUGCUCAGUCUGCCCACAGCCUGACUGCUGACGUUGCUGCCAGGAGGCUCUACUGGAUCAGCGACUUCAAGAGGUCCAUAGAGACGGUGAAGAUGGAUGGGACUGGCCGUUAUUCUUUGGCAGGAGUGUUCAGCAGAAGACCGGCUCUGAGCCUCACAGUCUUUGAAAGUUCGUUCUACUGGGUUGAUGACAAAGGACUGUGGCAGACGCCACAGAACCGGCCCAGCGAGAGGAAAUUUAUCUGGAAAGCUGAACUGCCACUAAUAGCCGUUUACCACGAACUCCAGCAGCCUGAAGGUACUUCUGUUUGUGGGAAGGUUCAGUGUCAGCUCUGCCAGCUGACUAAAGGCAACCCUGUUGGCUUCACCUGCGCUUGUCCAGACUCUCAAGUACUUCUGCCUGACGGAAUGUGUGAAUAUCCUCGGUUUGUAUACGGCACCAUUACAAGCAUCGAGUUGUUGGAGUUCAGAGGCAGAGAGUCCACUAAAACCCAGCUGUUUACCACUGAUGACGCCGUCCUGUCAUUUGACCUGGACUGGUACAGAGACUGGUUGUACUGGACCAAUCAAACUGGGCACAUCCAGCGCACCAGUCUAACCCAGGUCAAGACUGAGGUGAUCCCAACACCGCUGCCAGUUUGUCUGAUCACUGUUGACCAGAGGAGCGGAAGCCUUUUUUGGGUGUCCUGUGACCAAAACAUCAUUGGCACCUCCCGAGCUGAUAAUUACAACCCUGGACAGCUGUACCAAACGACUAAGGAGAUUCAAAACCUGUAUCUGGACUGGAUGAGGGGCGGGAUGUUCUGGCUGGAGGACGAGCGAAUCCUCAGCAUGAGCACGUUGGGAGGUGAAGCUAAAGAGCUGCUGCACAUCACAGGAGGAUUCACAGGGAACAUCGCCUUCGACCUCAGGGCCAGCAGUCUGCUCUGGAACUCCAGAAGGGCAGGUCUGUCUACGAUGAGUUUGCUGCCAGGGAACAGCCACCGAGCUGGAAGAAGGUGGAACAUUUCCGGCUCCGUCGCAGCCGCCUUUGAGCCCUUCCUGUUGUCCAUUUCUGAUGACACAAUGACUCUGUGGGAUCUGCGAAACGGGAGCCCUAUUCAGGAAGUAACCGUGAAAGAACCAGUGUUGAGUGUCAUCGCUGCACUCAAGAACAUUCGAAAAGUUCCCAGUGCUCCUCUCUGCCACGAACCAUCUCUGUUGUGUCGACAUUCGUCAGUCUGCCUCUCACAAACCCAGCUGUGUGACGGCAAAAAGGACUGCCCUGAAGGCGAUGAUGAGGAGUUUUGUGUUGGCACAUGUCCAUCUCAAGAGGAUUUCAAGUGCAAGGACCAGAGAAGCUGCAUCUCCAAAGAUCUUGUUUGCGAUGGUCGCUCUCAUUGCCACGAUGGCUCAGAUGAAGUCGAUUGUUCGGCUGUGUCGUCUGCUGUACCUCAGCUGAGCGUCCUGAAAUGUCACAUUGGCUCAAAGCCGUGCAGAGAUGGAACAGAGUGCGUUUUAUACAGUCAUUUGUGUGAUGGAGAGAAGGACUGUCAGGAUGGAUCAGAUGAGCUGGAGUGUGAUGAUCAGCAACAGUCCACGAUUACCACCAAACCAAACACUGAUCCAUCAAAUGAAUCUCCUGCUACCAAACCUCCUGCUCCGACUCUGCCGCCCUGCAGGAGUCCCUCUGUCCUCUGUCCUUCCUCUACUGUUCACAUAUGCAUUUCUCCGAGCCAGUUUUGCAACGGACGUAAAGACUGUCCUGAUGGCUUUGAUGAAAAGAGCUGCGUGAAAAGAUGUCGCUCGAAAAACGAUUUUCGCUGCAAAGACCGUCGGAGCUGCGUUUCCAAGAGCCUCGUUUGUGACGGUCGAGCUCAUUGCCAUGAUGGCUCAGAUGAAGCUAACUGUCGGAGUGUAGCUCCUCCUACUCCUCAAAAAAACACCUUGAAAUGUCGCUUUGGCUCCAAACUCUGCAGAGACAGGACUGAAUGUGUCCUCAUGAGUCACGUUUGUGAUGGAGAGAGAGACUGUGAAGAUGGAUCAGAUGAAGAUGAAUGUAAUGUUGCAGAGAGUGCUCCUGUUCUUGUGGAAGUUUUAAAUGAAUCUCCAGCACCUCUGAAGACAUUUACUCGGCUUCCUAUCAUGCCGUCUUGCACCAGCCCUUCAGUUCUGUGUCCAGGUUCUUCUUUAUGCAUCAACCCAGCACAGAUCUGUGAUGGAAAGAAAGACUGUCCUGAUGGAUCUGAUGAGAACUGUGUGAAAAAAUGUCCUUCUGCAACUGACUUUCUCUGCAAAGACCGUCGGAGCUGCAUCCCAAACAGUGUUGUUUGUGACGGUCGAGCUCAUUGUCACGAUGGUUCAGAUGAAGCCGACUGUCCCAGCGUAGCUCCUCCUGCAGCACUGAAAAAUGUCCUGAAAUGUCGCAAGGGCUCAAAGCCGUGCAGAGAUGGAACAGCAUGUGUUUUGUACCUUCAUGUGUGUGAUGGAGAGGAGGACUGUAAGGAUGGAUCAGAUGAACUGGGAUGUGAUGCCGAACAAGAGUCCGCAGUUACCACCAAACCAAACACUGAUCCAUCAAAUGAAUCUCCUGCUACCAAACCUCCUGCUCUGACUCUGCCGCCCUGCAGGAGUCCCUCUGUCCUCUGUCCUUCCUCUACUGUUCACAUAUGCAUUUCUCCAAGCCAGUUUUGCAACGGACGUAAAGACUGUCCUGAUGGCUUUGAUGAAAAGAGCUGCGUGAAAAGAUGUCCUUCAAAAAGUGAUUUUCGCUGCAAAGACCGUCGGAGCUGCGUUUCCAAGAGCCUCGUCUGUGACGGUCGAGCUCAUUGCCAUGAUGGCUCAGAUGAAGCUAACUGUCCGAGUGUAGCUCCUCCUACUCCUCAAAAAAACACCCUGAAAUGCCGCUUUGGCUCCACGCUCUGCCGAGACGGGACUGAAUGUGUUUUAAUGACUCACGUUUGUGAUGGAGAGAGAGACUGUGAAGAUGGAUCGGAUGAAGACGAAUGCAGUCCUUUAGAGAUAACUUCCACAGAAAAUCCCCGCUUAAAUGAACCCCGUUCACCAACCAAGCCGUCCUGUACCAGUCCUUCAUUCCAGUGUCCAGAUUCGACCUCAUGCAUCAACCCAUCACAGAUAUGUGAUGGAAAAAAGGACUGCCCUGAUGGCUCUGAUGAGAACUGUGUGGAAAAAUGUGCUUAUGAGACUGACUUUGUCUGCAUGGACCGUAGGAGCUGCAUCUCCAGGAAUCUGAUCUGUGACGGUCGCCCUCAUUGCCACGACGGCUCUGACGAACUCAACUGUCUGGAUGCGACUUCUCUUGCAUCUCGGGCAAACGUGUUGAAGUGCCGUAUGGGCUCAAGGCCAUGCAGUGAUGGCACAGAGUGUGUUUUGUACAGCCACGUAUGUGACGGAGAGAAUGACUGCAUGGACGGAUCUGAUGAAAAGGGAUGCCGUGAAACCUGCAGCAAAGGUGAGUUUCAGUGCUUCCAUGGGAAAAUGUGCAUCCCUGAAGCUCAGGUGUGCGAUGGGAAACCGCAGUGUCGGGACCGGUCUGAUGAACUGAACUGCCGGGAACGAUCCAAGAGUUGUGACCAUCGUUGUAGCGACGGCAACCGCUGCAUCCCAAAAAAGUUCCUGUGUGACGGAGAGAGAGACUGCCCGGAUGGCUCAGAUGAAGUGGGCUGUGACCCGGUUACUGCAGCGACAGAGUCUCCUGGUCUCACCUCACCUUGCAUCAGUCCAUCAGUUCUCUGUCCAGGUUCAUCACUGUGCAUCUCUCAGAAUCAGCUGUGUGAUGGACAAAGAGACUGUCCUGAUGGGUUUGAUGAAAACAACUGUGUGGUCCAAUGUCAAAACCCAGAUGACUUCUUGUGUGGCGACCAGAGAAAGUGUAUCCCCAGGAAGGAAGUGUGUGACGGUCGCGCCCACUGUGCCGACAGCUCAGAUGAGAAGCAGUGUCAAACAGCUGUUUCUACUGCCACAUCCUCCAACAAUGUGCCCAAUGCCAGAUCAGUGCCUUUGAAGUGCCGCCGAGGCUUCAAGCUUUGUAAAGACGGCCUGGAUUGUAUCAUGUACAGCCAUCUGUGUGACGGAGAGAAGGACUGCCAGGACGGCUCAGACGAAGAGGGAUGUGCUACUCUGUGCAAAGCAGGUGAGUUCCAGUGUUCUCACGGGAAGAAAUGCAUCCCACAGGAGCGGGUGUGUGACGGACACUACGACUGCCAGGACCGAUCCGAUGAAAUGGAUUGUUCAAAGCUGGUCGAGGGCUGCCAUCACCUCUGUGACGGCAAAACUCGCUGCAUCCCAGACACCUUCCUGUGUGACGGAGAGAGAGACUGUGCUGAUGGGUCAGAUGAAGAAAAGUGUGGUUUGGUGGCCUGUGAGGCUCACCAGUAUCGCUGUGCUAGCGGUCAGUGUGUGUCAGAGGGUCUGAGGUGUGAUGGAUACGCCGACUGCAGCGAUCGCUCCGAUGAGGCGGACUGCCAAAGACCCCCUCGCUGCCCGUCGCAGCUCCGAUGCCCACACAGCCACGAGUGUUUGCAGAAAGAGUGGCUCUGUGACGGCGAGGACGACUGCAAAGACGGAUCAGAUGAGAAGAACUGCAACACUCCUCCAGCAAAGUGCAGGGAAUACCAGUGGCAGUGUGGAGAUGGCAGUCAGUGCAUUCCUCUUUCCUGGAGGUGUGAUGGGAAGAAGGACUGUUACAACGGCAGGGACGAGGACAAAUGCAGCCAGAGAAAAUGCCCAUCUCACCUUUACCAGUGUGGCAGUGGAGAGUGUAUUGGUCCCAGUCUGGUGUGCAACAAGUUCAUCAACUGUGCCGACGGCUCAGAUGAAGGCGUUGGAUGUGCUCAACGCAACUGCUCCAGUCGAUCACCUCCUCGCUGCGACCACCACUGUGUCAGCACCCCAAACGGACCGAGGUGCUACUGUGCUGCAGGUUUCAGACCCCAGUCCAACACUUUGUCCUGUGUAGACAUUGACGAGUGUGAUUCAGCUUCACACACUGUAUGCAAACACACCUGUCUGAACACCAGAGGAUCCUACAGCUGUCACUGCCACCCUGGUUUCUACCUGGAGCCUGACAACAAGAGCUGCAAGACAAAAGAUGAGCCUUUGCUUCUGGCGUCAGUGCAGUCGGAGUUGUUACUGCUGGGAGUCCAUAGUGGCUCUUUGCGUCUCCUCUCGUCUGUCAGUCGGCCGGUUUUCUCUCUGGAUUAUCACUGGGCUCAGCAGAGAGUUUACUGGCUGAGUCCCGACUACCAGAGCAUCCGCUGGGCUGACAUGAAAACCUCAAACAAAGGGAUUCUGAUCAAAGGCGUGAAGUCGGACUUCAUUGCAGUGGACUGGGUCGGUAAGAACCUGUACUGGGUGGACGGACUGGUCGGCCAGAUUUUGGCAGUGAAGCUCAGCAACAAAACUGUGAAAUCUCAGGAGUACACUGUGGUUCUGGGUGAAGAUCUGGAGCAGCCGAGCUCACUGGUUCUGCUGCCACAUAGAGGGUUGAUGUUGUGGUCUGAGAUCGGCAGCACCCCUCAGAUCGAGCGGUCUGGGAUGGACGGUUCAAAGAGGAAGGUGGUGGUGAGCCGAGAUCUGAGCUGGCCAGUCAGUCUGGCCUACGACCUCCUGGACAACAGAGUGUACUGGGCUGAUGAAAAGAUGCGCUGCAUUGGCUCGGCCUCUCUGGAUGGAGACAACGUCAAGAUCCUCCAGUUAGCUGAAACACCAAGCCCUUUUUCUGUGGCAGUCUUCAAUGAUCGUCUUUUCUGGUCUGACACCAAGAGAAGAACCAUCCGCUCAGCUGACAAGAACACUGGGAAAGAUCAAAAGGUUCUUCUGAAGAGACCAGGGCAGCCGUUUGGACUGAAACUGAUGCAUACCCUUUCCCAGCCGGCCGUCUCCAACCCUUGUGACCAGUUGCGAUGCACCCAUCUCUGCCUUUUGGCCCCGGCAGGGAAAUCCAGAUCUGGAGCACCAGGAUCUCCAGCAGGAAGGGGACCGAAUGCAGUGUGUCGAUGUCCAAAGGGGCUGCUGCUCUCCAAGGACAACAUGACCUGCUCUCAGCCUCGGGAGUCAUCGUUCGUCCUGCUCUUGUCUCACAGGAUGAUUUAUCAGAUUUACUUGCGCUCCAUGCGUCGUGAUGGUGUUGCUCUGAAAAAAAUGCCGAACAGCAGAGCUUUGACCCUCCCAGGAACAAAUGAGGCCUUGGGGCUGGAUCUUUCCUUCAAGGAUCUUUCUCUGUAUGUGGCCUAUUCAGGACAAGGAUCUGUGGAUGUGCUGAAACUGGGCAGCUCCAGGUCCAGACAGGGACUCGCACCCCUUGGACAAAUGCUGAAACUCGAGGACGAUUCAGUCACGGCUCUGGCGGUCGACUGGGUGACUUCCAACCUCUACUGGAGCAGCAAUGGGAGACCUGAUAUCCACGUGACCUCCCGUUAUAGCGGCUACACCACCUCACUGCUGCAAGGAUCGCUGAAGAGCACCAUAUCCAUCGCGCUGCAUCCCCCCACUGGUCGACUUUGCUACUCAACAAUAGUUUUAGCAGGUGGAAAGAGCCAAACUGAAGUGGACUGCGCCUGGAUGGAUGGUCGUAACAAAGUAGUGCUGUGGAGGAAGUCACAUAUCCCAAUGUCACUGGUCUUCUCCAACAAUGGAACAAUGAUCUACUGGGCUGACAUUGGUGAAGGUGUGAUUACCUCCAUCGGAGUAGAUGGAUCAGGAUAUAAACAGUUCAAGAUGGGGCCUGGUUUGCUCAUCUCCUUCACUCACACUGCAGACAUCCUCUUCUGGGUCACCCUGGAUAAAGAUGUAACCAAACUGUGGUUCAGUGACGGCCUCCAGCCCAAACAGCUGUGGUUUGAGACCAAGACCAGUGUGUUGGAAGUCAGAGCCUUCAGCAACAACAGCCAGACUGGAAACAACAGCUGCUCCAACAACAACGGCGGCUGCAUCCAGCUGUGCCUGCCGUAUCCUGGAGGUCGGACAUGUACUUGUGGGUGGGGCUUCUACAGCAUCAACGGCACUUCCUGUGCCCCAGUGCCGUCCUGCCCCGCCGGAGAAGCAUCCUGCUUCGACAGCAGCAAGUGCAUCAGCAGCAGCAAGUUCUGUGACGGACACGUGGACUGUCCAGACCAGUCGGACGAGCAGGACUGUCUGGGCUCAAACUCUGUCUCUUUUGGCUCUAAAGCCAACGACGGCGGCUCUCCUCGCUCUUCUCCCAACCUGAAGAAGGCAGUUAAAAAGGAUCCUGCUUCCUGUGGUCUCAAACUGUGCAACGGUCACGGCAGCUGCUUCACAGAAGGAAAAGCAACUCGCUGCCGCUGUCUGGAUGGUUACAGAGGAGAGUUCUGUCAGGAGGCAGAGACACAAAGCCAUGUGGGUGUGAUUCUGGGUGUCCUCUGCCUCGUGGCUGCUCUAAUGGCUGCAGCUUUCAUUUUCACUAAAAGGAGAGAACUGAUGUCCCUCAGAGGCAGAUCCAUCGACAAAGAAACUCUGAUGGCAGACAUGGGCCUCCCUGAUGAAAACCAAGAUUCUGACUCAGAGGAGCUGGAGUCCUCAGUGGAUGUGACAAACUCCCCACCAGCAGUAAAAUCAGUGGAAACCAGUUAGACCAUUCAGUAAGUCCAGAUGUUACACCAGCUGUGUACUGUUGGUUUUAGAACAAGAAAUGUCUCAGAUGUUACAAGCAAGACUGCAUGUCACUGGCCGAUCUAUUUUUUGUAUUAAAAAUGACAUUUGAUG